CUGUUUCGGAAAAGAGGAUAAGAUAAGAUAAAAAUGAAGAAAGACUUUUAAUUUUGGUUUAAUUCCGCACAGAAAUGAUCGCCAUAAGUGAGCAAUACAGUCCCACUACAAGCUCAGCACUGCCUUCCCAUGAUGCCCUAGGCCAGUUCUGGAUCCCACUACUCAGCAUACAAGCCGUAGUGAUCGCUUCUUCAAACGCCCUCACAACAAUAGUGUUCCUGGUCAACGCCCAUUUGCGUAAGCGCAGCUACUACUUACUCAUCAACCUCGCCCUGGUCGAUUUCCUGGUUGGCGCUUUGAUGGUACCUAUCAAACUUGACCUGGAAAACAAAAACGCCUACUUGGAAAUUAGCGGUAGGAAAUAUCAGAUCCUUAUCGGGGAUACUACUUUUUGUGUGUUGUACGGGAUAAUCUCAUCGGCAAGUUUAUUCUCUCUGGUUUGUAUUUCACUCGAGCGUAUGUGCGCGACUCUUUGGCCAUUUCUUCACCGCACCACUGACAUACGGUGGUACGGCGUCGUUAUGACAACCCUUUGGGUAUGCGCAUUCACAUUUGGGGCGAUUGUGUAUUGGGAUAUUUACAUCGCGUUGGUUUUGGCUACUGUGGGCGUGGUGUUCGCGCUUCUCACGAUUUUGGGAUCAUAUGGUGCGAUUUUCCUGAAAGUCAAGCACCAACACGCAGAACACCAAACCUCCCAGGCACAGCGGAGGUAUCAGAAGGAGCGGGAAUUAGCCAAGACUGUCUUGAUUGUCACUGCGGCGGCAUUUUUAUGCUGGAUUCCUUUGUUUGUGACAGUAUUUUCAAUAAUAUUCGGUUUGGAUUUACCUGUCGAUGUUCAGAUGAUGUUGACGUUUAUUCAAGAGUGGAAUUCCUUUGCGAACUUCGUGAUUUAUUCCAUGCGGAUGCCUGUUUUUAGAAAGGCGCUGUAUAAGUUUGUGUUUACAUGCUCUAGUGAUAACGCUAUUCAGCCGUCGAAUGGCCACUGACAACACAGGUAUCCAAAGCUCACAGAAUGUGAUUACGCUACGUUAUGACUUAGUUUUUAGUUGACAUAUGGAGUUAAAGCCGUCCAAUCUACUAUGAAAUAAAUCUUAAAAUCUCAAUAAUAAUCGUACUUGAUUGUUGUGUCCUCAAUGUAGUCUGGAUUAAAUUCUAAGCUUA